GGGGGAAAAAAUCCUUAACCCUGGUCCAGUAAAUUUUUGUCUGAGAUUUCAUUUCGCUCUCAAGCUUUGGAAUUACACUUUCAAGAUCAUGAACUUUUCAACACUGUUUUAUAACAUCUUUAGAGUAGCUUCCGCUUGCACUUGGUUGAUCUGUCUGUCCGUACACUACAAAUUCUCGGUCGGUCAGUCCUCUAUUCUGCUUAUAUAUUCAAUUCAACGCUUCCAUUGUCAAAUAGAGGAAUGGUUGUAACUCGUGGGGUGAUAGGGUUGAAAUAUGAAAUGGAUAAAGCAUUGAGCGCAAUAAUUUAUCUUCUAAAAAUAAUUAUGCACAAGGAGUAGAGUAGAAUUUAUGCUUAUCGGGAAUCGAAACUUAGGUUGACACGAGCCUGAAGGGCAAGAGGUGUUUCAAUAAUUUAGCCUAUUUACUUGGGGCGAACAUGCUAUGUGGUAGAUGCUGAUUGUAGGAGUUAUGAGAUUGUAUAAGUUUCUUCGCCCUAACCCUUCUUUUUCUUCAUUAUUUAUCUUAUUUAGGGUUGGCGAGAGGAGCCCAUGGAUACGUUGGAGGUUGGAUGGAGUCUUCCUUUGAAGAGAGCGGCACCGACUGCCAAGGAAGACGUAGAACAGUUUUUCAAGAAACCCAAGGUGGAGACACAGCUUGUUCAGCCCAAAUCCAAAUAUAAACCCAUUUCCCUAGAUGAUUUUCAUACUUGCCACCGCAAUAUUGAAGAAUGGCUCCCUGAAGACGUGUCCUUGGCUAUGGAAUUCGAGAGGGAUUGUAAUGAUGUGUAUCAGCUUCUACGUAUUAGGGGUCAGGUAUAUACAAUGGUUAGCCCUGAUCAAGUUAAAUUAUUCAUGUGAAUUCUUAAGAUCCAUGAUUGUGCAUUCAAUUUGAUCUUUGUUGUUAUCUUCGGUA